CAAAUCUAACCUCUGCGGUCUAAGCAGUUUUUGUCACGGUUAAGACUCUUAUCAAGUGUUUUCUGUGUGGAAUGUAUUUUUCAUUUUACCCUGCCUUACUUUUCGGUUACUCACGUGCGGGCUGAAUGAUACAACAACGUCGUCCGUAUCUUGUUCUCUUUGGGGUUCAACGAGUAAUUCUUUGCAGUUUUCAAAUUGACUUUUUGCUACUUCUUGACAUUCCAGUUGCACAACUUAUUACAAUGGCUUAUCUAACCCGCAAAGAGAUAGAUGAUAUGAAGCCUCAAAUAGAGAAGGCAGUACAUAAGUUUCUGGGUUUUGGAGAGCCGUCAAUUGUUACUACUGCUAUAAACUGCAUCACUUCGGGCUACGACAAGCGUAAAACUGCUGACAAACUUUCGGCACUCUUGGAAGAAAAGAAGGCUACCAAGUUGAUGGAAAAAAUAUUUUCAAUAUACGAUGACACCAAAGCUAACCAAAAGAGUAAGAAACGUCCUCAUACCGAUGACAAGGAUAAGGACAGAGAUGCAAAGAAACCGAAAACAAAAGAAGACGAUUUCAUGAACGAAAAACCUACAGAAGCACAAUUGUCUGCUGACAAGAUAAAACAAAUGAUGAUGAAUGCUCAAAGAGAGAUCGAGGAGCGCAAACGGGCGUUAAAGGCGAUACGGCAAGAUGAUAUGCCGCCAGUCAGACCCUUGUUCCGAGCUCGCGAAUCCAUGCCGUCCGUAGGGAGUAUGUACAAUCAGGGACUGUUGAGUAAAAAUGAUUCUGACAAAGCUCGGAAGAUUGCUGCACUUCAGGCUCAAAUUAGGAAUAAACUCAGUUCGGGAUUAUUGGGAAGCCUGCCAGUCCCUGAUAAGCCAACACCCUUGAUAUUGGAUGAAUCUGGGAGAACAGUCGAUAUUACAGGAAAAGAAGUUCAACUCACCCAGGUAGUUCCUACGCUGAAAGCCAAUAUUCGAGCAAAGAAACGGGAAGAAUUCAAAGCCCAGCUGCAGGAUUCUAAGGGGCCAGAGGAGAUGCAGGAUACGCAUUUUUUUGAUAGUCGGAUCGGUGCAAAGCCAGCCCAAAGAAACAAGAGAGCCUUAAAAUUUCACGAGCCUGGGAAGUUUCAACAGUUGGCAGAUAGAAUACGUAUGAAAGCCCAAUUGGAAAAACUACAAAACGAAAUAUCACAAAUUGCCAGAAAAACCGGUAUCAGUUCGGCAACAAAACUGGCACUGAUUGCCCCCAAGACCGAGGCCAUGAACGAAGAUGUGCCCAAUGUUGAAUGGUGGGAUUCGGUUAUUAUUACUGGAUGUUACACAGAUGACGAAGAACAAAUGCCAAUCAAGUUUUCUGCCAUUACAAACUUGGUUGAACAUCCUACGCAAAUGCGGCCUCCAACUGAUCCUCUCAAGCCAAUCUACAUGCCAGUAUUUCUGACAAAGAAGGAGCGUAAAAAAUUACGUCGGCAGAACCGACGAGAAGCAUGGAAAGAGGAACAAGAGAAGAUCCGCCUGGGUUUGGAACCACCGCCUGAGCCAAAGCUGAGAAUCUCUAAUUUAAUGCGUGUCUUGGGUACAGAAGCUGUACAGGAUCCCACAAAAAUUGAGGCUCACGUACGCCAACAGAUGGCAAAGAGAUUAAAGGCUCAUGAGGAUGCAAACGCGGCGCGUCGACUUACUGCGGAACAACGACGCGAGAAAAAAGCUCGUAAGCUGAAAGAGGAUACCACCCUUGGAGUACACGUAGCAGUUUACAGGAUACGAGAUCUAGUUAAUAAUGCAUCGAAAAAGUUCAAAGUGGAAACAAAUGCCAAACAAUUAUACUUGACCGGGUGUGUGAUGUUGUUUCGCGACUGCAAUGUAGUCGUAGUUGAGGGUGGAGCUAAACAACUGAGCAAGUAUAAACGUUUGAUGGUACGGCGAAUAAAAUGGGAAGAGGAUAUCGUCAAGGAUAAUGAUGGAAACGAGGUGCCUAAUAGAUGUGUUUUGGUUUGGGAGGGUACAAGCAAACAGCGACACUUUGGCGAGGUAAAAUUCAAGGUGUGCCCAAUCGAAAAAAUGGCAAGGGAACAUUUCAAAAAACAUCAAGUUGAGCACUAUUGGGAUCUAGCAUAUAGUGGUGCGGUAUUAGACAAUACAGAUGAUGCACGUACCUAAAACCUAGUGUGGUAAUGAAACAAUAUUACAAACAAUGAAUCGUAGAAUUCUUGGUGAGAAAUAAAUGAUAAAUAAUCAAUUUCA